AAGACAUACACAUUCUCCUGCAUUUGAACACAUUCGCAUUGUAAUUUAUCAGUCGACCAUGACUACCUGCAACAAUAUUGCCGAGCUUUCCUGGACUCUGUCAGCUCCUGCCGCCAGCAAGCCAGCCGCUACGGGUAUCAAGCGCAAAUUCUCUAGCUCCAUUUCAUCGCCAGUUAGCAAGUUCUCGCCACCAAAGAAGGCACGCUCCUCUAGCAACACAGUCUGCAUUGGCACCAAGCGGUCGCGCUCGAACUCUGAAUCAGAUGACGACGACUACUCGGCACAACCACCAGCAAAGAAGACACAAAAGGGUGAGAGCGCAAGAGCAUCCAUUUACCCUAAUGGCCGCUGGGUCCGGGCACUAGACCAGUCCUCAAAUAGCUGGAGCGACAAAAUAAUGGCCAUGAUGAGGGGCAACACGCCGAACAUGAACACCCAGCUGAGCCAAGGUAUGGAGUGGUGGAAUAACAAAGACGAGGUGUUGACCGAAGCCGACCACUGGGCCAAGGAACGACUGAUCCGUGAUGCCAACGGCGUAUUUGACAGUGUAAAGUCGAGGAAUACCAUGACAAGCAAACUGGCAGACCUGGUGUCGACUCAGGUCGCAUUGGAGCUGGAGCGCCGGCUCAGCCUAGUCACUGGCAGUGCAGCAAGCAGCGUCGAUGAUAUCCAGGAUACUCUCAGAGAACUUGCUUGCGAUAUCACCACCUGCCAGCAGCAGCAGCAACAUACACUGUUCGACAUUGCAGCAUAUAACAAGGCGAAAGACGAGAAGCGCGGGUCAACAGACAGCGCUCUUGCAGCGUUUGAGGAGUGGGUUCGCCCACCACUGGCUACAUCUACAGACAGCCUCGACGAUGACGACAUACACACGGCGAAGAAGAUACAUGAAUCAGCCAUGUCAUUCAUUCUGUUUGUCGUUCAACACAUCGACACCCUCAUUCGUGCGUUGGAUACGGGCCCUUUCAGCAGAUAUCUUGAGAGUUACUAUCAGCUACUUCCAUGCACCCGUCCUAGACCCCAGUCCAGCGGCAAUACCGACGCUUCGGAGUUUGAGGCAGGCAUCAAGUUUCAGCACGCACUUACAGGUAUCGAGCUACUGACUGACUUUCACAGCAAAAAUAUGGUGGCCCUUAUUGAAGCUCGAUCCGGCAAGACCCGGCGCACAGUUGACAAGGCUUACGCGCAGCUGAUGCAGAGGACACGCAGCAUCUACAGGAAUCAGCCCAACAGACGCUUCGCUUGGGGUCUGACCGUGUGCGACAAUGAGGUGCGAGUGUGCCUGUUUUCCAACGACGCGGCUUUUUCAUCGAGCGCUCUCGACAUGACAACAGCAGCCGGUCGUCGGCAGUUUGUCGAGCUGCUGGCUAACUUUGCACUGUGCGAGAAAGACCAACUCGGGUAUGACAGAGGUAUCCUCUGGAACCCUGAGCACAAAUGCUGGACCGUCGAGUGUCCUGAUGCAGCAGAAAAAUCGUCGAGCCCUGCAACAACAAAAACGUACUACUUCGACAAGGUGCUACUGGCAGCGGAUGGUAUGUUUGGACGGCGUACGAGGUGCUAUUUGGUGACAGACGAGAAACCCACUGGUGGCGGCAUCACACCCAAGUUUGUUCUGAAAGACGCGUGGCCGGAGGCAGAGGAGGAUCCUGUCCAUGACAAGCGAGACGAGGUGCAGAUUAUGCACCGGAUCACCACAGAGCUGGCGCAGUCAGAUGUCGAGGACUUGGUCUAUCCCAAGCUUGAUGCUGGCGGCAGAGUCCAUAUCGAUUCCAAUGGCGAGGUCUUCGAGGACAGCAUGAAGCGCAUACUGGGUCCAUUGUUUUCAUUGCGCAUGCCGGCUGGAGCUGCAAUUCCGUUCCGCGCGCACAAGCGGUUGGCCAUGUCACCGAUCGGCGAGUCGCUCAGCACGGUCGAGUCAGUACAUGAGUUCAUUGCUGUUCUGGGCGAUGCCAUGCGCUGCCACUCGGAGCUGCUGAAUCGGUGCAACAUCCUCCACCGGGACAUUUCAAGCAACAAUAUUCUUGUCGUGCGUGAGGAGGGCAAACCGGCGCGCGGACUGCUCAUCGACUUUGAUUGCGCACUCGAUCUGAGUGGUUCGCAAGGGCCGAACUUGGAGACACGAGGAACGAUCCCAUUUAUGAGCAUCAACAACCUUGCCAAAUCAGAUGUGGAGCGAACUGCUCUGGACGAUUGGGAGUCGCUGAUAUACCUGAUCUGCUGGUGCGCUACAAAAGGCUUUGCUCCAGAUAGCAGGCGGUCAUCUGAGGAACUGAGGGAACUACCAAUCAAUCGCUGGCGUACUGGAUCUGCGGAUGAUAUUGGUGAUUACAAAAAGGACCAUUUACGCACUCUUAGUACUAUCAGUGGCAGGAUCACAGAAAACUUCCACCUCGUCAAGGAUAUUGAUGUCCUGCAAAACCUGGCGGAAGAUCUCUAUAUGGAUUUGUUCCAAAAUGCGAACCUGCGUAAGGAUGGCACGUGCGAUGGGAGUCGUUACAGAGGCUCGGAGCUUCAGAUAAAUAGAAAAAUGGGUAUAAAGCGUAACCCAUUCAAGGAGCGCUUGGAGAAGAAGAGCGAGAUCACCACAGCACUGUUGAAGACGAUGACCGAGGCCUGGAAGAGUUCAAGGAGUAAACUAUAAUCAAUUUCAACUUAAU